AACGUAGUCGGUUUGAUGGUUGGAGCUGUUAUAGGAGGCCUUGUCUUAGGCAUUGUUCUUACUGUUCUUGGAUUCAUCGUCUACAAAAAUAUACGAAAUGGGAAACCUAAAGCUGAAAAAAGGCAAUACCCGAAGGCCGCAGUUUUUAAAAAUACUACUUAUGAAGCUGAAAGAGAUGCAGAUCAGAAUAUUUUUACCGUGCAAUGUGAGAGAAAGGGUGAAAAUGUGCCAAAGUGUGCUCAUUCCAAUGAUUUCCCAGUAAGUAAAAACAAGCGCACCUAUCAGGGAAAUAAAAGUUCGAUGAUGAAAAGUUACGUCGUAAAUGAUGACGUAUACAAUCACCUACAUGUAAAGGAAGAGAAUUCUGAAAAUGAUGAAACUUACGACCACGCCCAUGGAAACAUAAGCAGUGCAAUGGAAGAUAGUGAUUACAGCAAUCUCAAUACAGGGAUAAGAUAUAAGGAACCCGAUGUGCACUUAAAAAGCAGUAUAGAUGUAUAUUCUGGUGCAAACAAUUGUUGUGCAUAGUCUGAGGCAUGCCUUUUUUCUUAAACCGUUGGAUGGCUUUCAUUGAUUCACAUUAGAUUCUUUACUCAAGCAUAAUACAAAAACAUGUUUUGAAACUUUUUAAAAAAUUUUCCGAUCGACCCUUUGAUUAGCUAGGGGAAACCAUUUUUUAUAGAAUUUCUUUCUUACGUUUGGGCGUUUUUUAAGACACAGAUUAAACAUUUGAAGAGUUUAUUUAUGGUAUAAUCUUUCUAGCCAGAGAUCUUCAUUUCUUUCCAUUUUAUAAUGCUGAACAGAUUUGUUUGCCCUGACACAAGUUAUUUCUAUUUAUAACUACAUGUAAGUGAUACCUUUUCAAUUAAUCUUUCAGGAUCACCUUUGCAAGGUGUAAAUAAUACCGUGCAGCCCAGAAAAAAGCACAAACACCCAAUCGAUAUAUGCUUUUCUCUUUAACAUAUUAAUAUAAUGUUUUGUUGUUUAAUUUGUUAUGUCACUAAAUGCUAUUCUAACACUUUUUGUAAGUUGCAUCAGCUUUCUCGUAAUCCUGCUGCUGCUCUGUAGUUUAUAAAUUGCACUUUAGGUUUACAUUUAGCAUAUCAUAAUAAACAAGUUUUAUAUACAAAAUAUUAAUCUUUUCUAAAUGCAUAUUAUAUAAUAAUCAUUUUAAAUACUAGACGUAUUUUUAAUUCAUAUACUAUCAAUAAAAAAAAUAGCAUUGCAAUUUCUGUAUACCAUGUUCGGUAAACAUCAAAGGAUCAAAAGAUAAUUUGAAGGUCUCCACGAGUCCCAUACAAGGUGUACAGGGUAUACAUAGACACUAGUAAGUAAAUGUCAAUCAAGUUCCAGUGUGAAAAUUAGCGACAUCAAUCAACCAAACUUGUAAGAGAUUAAUUAGGACCCGACAUUCCAAAGCACACUUCUAGUAGAUAUGUUUUUUGCAUAGAACAGAUUAAUAAUUGAUUUGAAUUAUGCAAGUAGUUGUAGAGUGUUUGGUCUAUCAAGAAGCCUCGUCAGAGACCACGGACAUAAAUCAUGGUGUUUGUUUUAGGUGAGACCGGAUUAUAUCUCAUCACCUCUGUUCUUGUGUUUGCUGUAAACUAUGAUUGGUUGAGAAUUCAAUAAAGUUUUACAUUCUGAAUUUCUAAGAAUGGUGAUUUAAUAUUUCAGAAUUCGUUUUUUUUCAGUCCUUUAACGCAGGGGUUAAAUUUAGU